GGGUGUUAUAUGGUAUUUGUGAAGCCGAUUUAUAACGUUACAACACUGUUGUGAUGGUUGUUGUAGCAAUCGGGACUGGCUGGAGUUCCUCGAAGUGAAAAUCCGAGCUGUGCCACUGCCAGUGAUAUGUUGUGGAAAUGAGAUUGUGAAACAGUUAGUAGUAGGCUUACUCUACUAUCUUUCUCCAGAAUUAGCUAUCUAAAGCCAGGGCCAAACAGCCUAAGGAUGCUUUGACAUGGGAAGAUUAGAUGCCUAUAAAGGAAGGGAGUGUGUUAUCAGAACAAGAGACAGUGGUGUCCGUAAUAAUCUGUAAUCCCAGUUUUGACGUUUCCAUUAGGUGUAGUGCUAAAUCCGCGACAGACAAGAUACGCAACUCUUCUCCGCACUGCAGGAAGAUAUGAGUUGUGAAUAUGCUUCGGAGGAGAAAAAAUAAAUCACAAUGCUUUUUCGACCAACUAUACAACAACGUCUCUGUUGUUUUACAGCUUUUCUGUUCUUCCUAGCAGGAAAUGCAGCAGACGAGCAGACUUUCCACCUCAAGGAUGUCAACAUGCAGAAUAUGAAAAUAUCUUAAUCUGAUAUUUUGAACUACCUGCAAUCUUCACCAACAUACUUUUCUCCUAAAGGACAACAUGAACCGAAGGACACACUGUAGUGAAGACAACCUAAAGCAAUAGAACAUUUAAAGGAAAGAAAAAAAGGAAAUGGACAAUUUAUGAAGAUGGUACUGUCUGCCUAGCUGCUUCUAGACCUGUGCAGUGUUGUACUCAGAGUCCACCCCUGAAGAUGCUCCAGACUAGUAACUACUCCCUGGUGCUGCUGAUCCAGCUGACACUGUUGGCCUAUGACCUCUUCGUCAACUCCUUCAGUGAGCUCCUGAGGGCGGCGCCUGUCAUCCAACUAGUGCUUUUCAUCAUCCAGGACAUUGCCAUCUUGUUCAACGUGAUCAUCGUUCUGCUGAUGAUGUUCAACACCUACGUGUUCCAGGUUGGCCUGCUGUCCCUUCUGCUGGAGAGGUUCAGGGCUCUGCUGAUAUUGUCUGGUCUUUACCUGACGCUCAGCAUCUGCUUCCACUGCUGGGUGUUGAACCUGAGAUGGCUUGAGUCCAACCAUUUUGUUUGGACUGAUGGUCUUCAAGCUCUUUUUGUUUUCCAGAGAACAGUGGCAGUGUUGUAUUACUACUUAUACAAACGAACAGCAGAGUAUAUGGGAGACCCAAGGCUGUACGAGGACUCUCUGUGGCUGCGGAAUGCCUUCGCCAGAGGUCGUCAGUGAAGAAGAGACAGUUUUUCUUUUUUAAAGAUAAUUUUUUGGGGCAUUUUUUACCUUUUAUUUGACAGGACAGAUGAAGACAUGAAGCAAAAGACCACAGGUUGGAGUUGAACCCAGGCCCACUGCUUAACAGAGUAGACCGCUAUGUAUAAGUGCCCGCUCUACCAACUGAGCUAUCUGGGCACCCAGAAGAGACAGUUUAAGAAAGACCUUAAUAUGCAUUGCAGAACAAGGCCCUUCUGACUCAUCAACUCUGAAUUUUUUUUAAAAUUAAAAUUAAAAUAUAGCUCUGGAUUUAGCCAAAUGUCAAACCAGUUUGUGUUUACUGGCUCUUUGUAGCCAAGAGGACAGACAGUUGUAUUGGAUUACUGUGGCACGUAAACCAACCAUAGCAGUAUUGUAUUAAUUAGGAAGAUUGUGUCUGUUAAUCUUUGUGGCCUUUGUAAAUCAAUUUGAGUUGCAGAUAGAAUGCAAUAUAUUGGAAAUGUUCUGUUAUUCCCCUGCUAAGGAGGAAACCUGUGCUGUUUACAUGGUUAAUGUCAUUUUAAUAAGCCAAUUUUCAUGUGUAUCCUGUUUUAUUUGAAUGGGGGAUUUUUUUGAAUUGUGUUCCUUCUAUUUUAAUUAAAUAAUCCUUCUCUAAUCCCGGUGUCAUCCUUCAUCACAAGGGUAG